GUUUUGUUUUGUAUUUUUUUUUAACGACGAUACUUUUAGCUGCUAAUUGCGUUACUGAAGCUAAUCGACAGAAAAAGAAAAGGCUUUUAUGCUUUAAUUAAUUGUCAUUAUAAAUGUGACGUUGGUAGGUUAUCAUUUGGAUGGUGCUCAGAAGACGUAUAAAUCUUUUUCUAUCUAGGACACCCCUGUUGUUAACGUGUGCUACUGCUUGUGGCACUUCCUUGUUCAAAAGUUUUAUUAGGGAAGGCUUGGGGGUGAAGUUGGUCACUGAAUUGAGUUUUUUUGCGUUGCUCUUCGUUGUAAAGACACGGAUAAUCCGUGUUACAUAUUUAACAUGACUAGUCUGUAGCUAGCAGCAUUUUUUCAUGGCUGUAAUUAUCAGAGCUUUGUGACACUGAAAGGACCGAGAAAGAGGAAGAUGUCAGCGGCUAAUGUUAGCGAAGGCAUCACAGUGGAUUUCCCCCUGCAUUCCGCAGUUUGGGAAAAUGAUUACAGGAAACUGGAAGAGCAACUAAAGUUACCACAGAGCAACAUUGAGGCUGUGGAUCCCAGAGGUCGGACACCUUUGCACUUGGCUGUAUCACUUGGACACCUAGAGUCAGUGAGAGUCCUCCUGAGACAUGGUGCUCAAGUGACUAAAGAAAAUGCCAACAACUGGACAGUCUUACAGGAAGCAGUCAGCACUGGAGAUCCAGAGAUGGUUCAGUUAGUGCUUCAACGCAGAGACUACCUCAAAGCCUCCACUGCUCUGGGAGGAGUUCCUGAGCUGCUGUCAAAGAUCCGAGAGUCGCCAGACUUCUAUAUGGAAAUGAAGUGGGAAUUCACCAGUUGGAUCCCUCUUCUGUCCCGGGUUUGUCCAAGUGAUGUUUGUCGUAUUUGGAAAAGUGGCGCCUGCCUGCGAGUGGAUGCCACUCUUCAAGGCUUUGAAAACAUGACCUGGAUCAGAGGCCGUAGGAGCUACAUUUUCAGAGGAAAUGAUUCAUAUGCAGAGUUGAUGGAGGUGAACCAUGAUGACGAAGUUGUUGAUAUUGAACGCUUCAAUAUAUCCCAAGAAAGGGAGGAUGUCACAUUAGAGUCCAUGCAGCCAGCUGUACAGGAAGUUGCCAAAAGGUUGACAACACCUAUUAUAAACACCUACUUGGACACAAAGGAUAUCGCUUUUGAGAGGAGCAAGUCUGGUAUUUGGGGCUGGAGAUCUGACAAAACAGAAAUGGUUAAUGGAUUUGAAGCCAAGGUUUUCAGUGUCAACAAUGUAAAUGUGGUGAUCAGGACAAGGACAGAGCAUCUAACAGAUGAAGAGAAAACGAGGAUUAGAAGUGAAAGGAACAUCUUGGAGUCUCUGCUGGGGACUGUGGAGCAGCACAUUAGUGCACAGGGGGACUUAACUCUUGAGUAUGCAACUGCCACAAAUCCCACUGCAAUCACCCCUGAGGAAUAUUUUGAUCCUGACUUUGACCUCGGGAACAGAGAUAUUGGGCGUCCCAUUGAAUUGAGCAUUCGAACACAGAAGUUUAAAGGUACACUGUGGAUGAGUGAGGAACAUCCUCUCUCCCUGGUGGAGCAGGUAACCCCCAUCAUUGACCUCAUGGCUCGAACUAGCUCCCACUUUGCACGGCUUCGAGACUUUGUAACCCUGAAGUUUCCUCCUGGAUUUCCUGUUAAAAUAGAGAUCCCCUUGUUUCAUGUGCUGAAUGCCAGGAUUACAUUUGGAAAUGUAAAUACAUGCAGCACUGAAGAGGAAGCCAACACAACAGCUGCAGCCACACCAACAUCCUCAGGAGAAGAGGAAGCAGCAACAGCACCGUUUCAAGUGAAUCCUUCGGUGUUUGAGGUGCCUGCAAGUUAUCACCGCCAAGGGGGCAACCGUAAUAAGCCCAUGUCCAACAAUGAUGAGGAACUUUUGCAGUAUGCCAUCCAUCAGAGUCUUCUGGACUCUCACAGAGGGGCUGACCAGAUGGGGAUUUGGGAUGAUCCUGAUACAGAUUUCACAAAUGUAAUGCCCAUCAGCCAGAGUGACAGGAGUAUCCCAGAGGGGGUGCUGGUGGAAUAUGAAAACACCUCCAGUCCUGCCAGCUCUCCCUCAGCCUCAAGUCCGGACUCAGACCUCCAGCUGGCCAUGGAGCUCUCUGCGCGAGCUCAAGAGGAAGAGGAUAGGAUGAGAAGGCAGGAGGAAGAAGAGCUGGAGAGGAUAUUGCAGCUAUCACUUACUGAGAAGUAAAGGGAAUAAGAGGGAAUAAUAAUAAUAAUACUUUUCCAGAUCCAGAAACAACCACCACACCUCAGUUUUCCUUCCUACUUGCUGUAACCUCCAUCUAUGCAACCACAGAUUUCUUUCAGUAACCGAUGAGUCUCACACGGGCUAGAUCAAACAUUAUUUUCCAAAAGGUACUUUUUGUGACAGAGUUCAGUUUAUUAUAUUUCUAUCUUGGCUUUUGUCGACAUCUUAAUUAACUACUUGGGAUAAUUUUGGUUGAGGAAUAUUUCUUUUUCCAAUUAAGACUCACAGCAGCACCACCACUUAGUCCUCAUAUUGUUGUCCGAGAGAUUGCAUCAGUAUAACUAAGCUUCUAUGAACAAAACAGUUUAAAUUCUCAAGGUGACUUCAUACAGUUUUGAUAUUCAAAUGCAGCACUUAAGGUCGGCAAUUGUCACCUCUGAUUUAUUAUUUUUUUUAUCUAGGCUGAAAACAGCCUAGCACAAACUGAAAUCUGCAAGCACUGUGGACCUGGAAGGACAGAUUUAGGUGUUUUCAAUGUGAAGUCUUUCUACAGAGAAUCUUGGGCUCCAUAAAUAACAGAAAUCUCAGGUUCCAACUUUACAGAUUUUUACCUUCUCUUGGAAUUAAUUAAUCGGAUGUAAACUGAAGCCUGGUAAAUGUUAAUGGUGCAAAAAUGGUACCACUCAUGCAUAUCACUCAAUGUGAAAAUAUUCAGAAAGUUGGGAUCAUUGAGUCAAGCAUCCAUAUAAAAAUAAAUUAUCUUGUACUUUGUGAAUGUACAUUUUACAGGUGGGUAAACAAAAGCAUGUUGCUGUGAGAGAACAAUUUAAAAUAGGCUGCAUGGUCUCAUACCCUUGCUGCAGCAGGAAUGGGCGUUUAUCCAUCCUGGCCCAAGUUUUAAUAUUUCCUUUUCAUUUCUGUUUGGAAAAUAAUUAUUUUUGUAAACUGUCACUGAGCAACUUCACCUCAAUUCAAAAAUGCAAUAUCAGAGACCAGUCUUUCUGUGGAUUUACAGCUGACAUGCAGUUUACGGUAGAGGCAGUUACACAACUACUGUAGCAGAGAUUAUCAACGUUCUGAAGGACUGUUUGCCUUUUGUAGCCAUGAACAACUAAAGACCUCAACAGGAAAGAAAAUAGACUCUUAAAAACAAGCAUGCUCAGCAGUCAUUUCUUCAGCAUGUGCCAAGGAUUGCUUUGCUCCUAAGACGCUCGGUGGGGUCGAAGCGUGGUGACAGUUCAGUGGAAUGCCACUCAGACUAAAUUUUUGAACAUUUUUAAGAUUUUGUAACUUGAAACAAAGAUAAAGAGAUUUCUUUGUACCAAAUUGAUGCUCAGUAACAUACAUUAACCACUAUAGUUGAUUUCACUGACAACCAACCACCUUUAAAAGGUCUCUGUUCUGUGUAUUAUUACAUACAUCAGGGGCUUCAGCUCAACAACUAAUUUUGAAGAAUAAAUUGCCAAACUGCUGAUCAUUCAACUUUGAAAAGGCUAGCUAAGAUUAAUUUAACAGUUCUUUGCAACAUCGUUUGAGCAAAGGGUGUUUUUUCUUUUGUUUUUUUUUUUAUAUUUGCUAAAUUUUUAAGAGGAAUGUGUGUUUGAAAAUGUUCUAAAAAUGUUCUAAAAUAAAGCACUUUAUUUCCAUGAA